AUGCGUCUCUUUCUUCUCGUCUUCUGUCUCUUCUCCCUGGCUCACGCCAAUUUCUUUGAUGAUCUACUUCAGUCGUAUGAUGAGCAAGGGGAGGCUCUCUGCGUUCAAGUCAACAUGGAAAGAUACCCGCCACCACCACGUAAAUGGUAUGAAGAGAUUUAUCUAGGCUUCAGCGACGGCUUCUACGACUGUGAGACACGUGACAGUAACACGGCGUACACCAAAUUGGAUCCGGCGAACUUGUCGUUGUAUGGGAUUAAUGGGUCGAUUGGGGUGUUCUUUAGGAAGUUGUUUAAUUUGAGAUGA